GGAAUACUUGAACUUAAAUGUAAAAAACUUCUCAAUAAUGGCUGCUGUUCCCGAAGUUGCCCGUGGAAAGGACUACGUUCGUCUGCCGAUUUACUCCAGCUGGCACCGACGCAAGCUCAACCCAAGGUGGAACAAACCAAAUAAAAAGUGUCAAAAUCUGCCUGCAGCUGUGAGGACUUUCAUCAGCAAUAAUCUCAAGCAUUAUUUCCAUACGCAAACAGUACGAGAAGGGAAGGGGUUCCGCAGACUAACCAAAUACCUGCAUGUGAUUAUGGCAGCUGCUGUACUUACUGGGUGGAUGCAGGUCUUCCUGGUAUUCCUGUUCUUCUUCGGCGUAAAGGAUUCUAACAGACCUAUUCCGAGUACAGAAUGAGCUAGAAUUUGGACG